AUGGCGGCUCCUGCCCUGAUCCUCUUGGCCCUGGCACUGCCCGUGGGGGCGUGGCCUGACCUGGGGUUGCCCCGGCGGGCCUGUGUGCACUGCUGCUGCCCAGUAUGGCCCCUGGCCGCCCCUGGCCCCUACACCCGCAUGAGCGACAGCUGCCCGUGAAGGAUGUUGUCCUGAGUGAGGCCUACUGUAGACAUCUCUAUCCUGAAAGGUGAGAAGGGCGAUGCAGAGGUCAGAGGUCGCCCCCGCAGCAGUGGGAAGGAGGGCCCACAGGGUUCCCAGGGCCUGCAGGGGCCCGGCCAGAAGGGACAGGCGGGCCUGCUGGGCACCCCGUGCCCGUGAGCCUAUGCAGCCUUCACAGUGGGCCGCCGAGCGGGCCUGCACACAUGGAUGCACCUGGGGGUGCCCUUCGACAGGGAGCUGGUGGACACGGGCAGCGCCUCUCACCUUGCCGCGGGCCGUUUCCGCUGCAUGGUGCCCGGCGUCUACUUCCUCAGUCUCAACGUACACACCUGGAAUGGCACAGAAGCCCACCUGCACGUCAUGCAUGGCCGGCAGCCCAUGGUCGUGCUGUACGCACAGCCCAGCGAACGCAGCCUCAUGCAGGCCCAGAGCCUGCCGCUGCUACUGGCAGCCGGUGAUGCCGCCUGGGUGCGCAUGUUCCCGCACGACCACAACAAUGCCGUCUACGGCGAGCCUGGGGACCCCUACAUCACCUUCAGUGGCCACAGAGUCGCCCCCGACACUGAGAUCUAG